UACAGAUUUAGGCAGAACAAUGUUUCAGGAAGGAAAAGCUCAGAAAAUUACGAAGCUAAUGGUAAAGUCGAAAGAAAGAAACCGUCCUGUUUGGUAGCCCAUGUUGGAUUCUAAGCCCAGUUCCAACUUGGUUCCCCUUCCCCAUUUGGUUCGUUUUCCUUUCUUCCACAAUCUGAUACGUUCUUCGUUUCCAGCCUCCAAAUCCAGCCAUGGGUUCCGAUGCGGAUAUGGAAGAUUACGGAUUCGAGUACUCAGACGAGGAACCAGAGGAGCAGGAUGUCGAUAUUGAGAACCAAUAUUACAACUCCAAAGGCCUAGUUGAAUCAGAUCCAGAAGCAGCACUUGAGGGCUUUGCUGAAGUAGUUAGGAUGGAGCCUGAGAAAGCUGAUUGGGGAUUUAAAGCUUUAAAACAAACCGUUAAACUGUACUAUAAGCUGGGGAAAUAUAAAGAAAUGAUGGAUGCUUAUAGAGAAAUGCUGACCUAUAUUAAAUCAGCCGUGACACGAAAUUACAGUGAAAAGUGUAUAAACAAUAUAAUGGAUUUUGUUUCUGGAUCAGCUAGUCAGAACUUCAACCUACUCCAAGAAUUUUACCAGACAACACUGAAGGCCCUUGAAGAGUCUAAGAACGAGAGGUUGUGGUUCAAGACAAAUCUAAAGCUAUGCAAGAUAUGGUUUGACAUGGGUGAAUAUGGGCGAAUGAGCAAGAUCAUGAAAGAGCUUCACAAAUCUUGUCAAAAAGAAGAUGGCUCUGAUGAUCAGAAGAAAGGAACACACUUGUUGGAGGUAUAUGCAAUUGAGAUCCAAAUGUACACUGAGACUAAGAACAACAAAAAGCUGAAGGAAUUAUACCAAAGAGCACUCUCAAUCAAGUCAGCAAUACCUCACCCGCGAAUUUUGGGAAUCAUUCGUGAAUGUGGAGGUAAAAUGCAUAUGGCUGAGCGACAAUGGGCAGAUGCAGCUACAGACUUCUUUGAAGCUUUUAGAAACUAUGAUGAAGCUGGAAACCAUCGCCGUAUACAAUGUCUGAAAUACUUAGUUUUGGCUAAUAUGCUGAUGCAGUCUGAGGUCAAUCCUUUUGAUGGGCAAGAAGCAAAACCAUAUAAAAAUGAUCCUGAGAUACUGGCAAUGACAAACUUGAUAGCAGCGUAUCAACGCAAUGAGAUCCUGGAGUUUGAAAAAAUUCUAAAGAGUAAUAGAAGGACAAUUAUGGAUGAUCCGUUUAUACGAAACUACAUUGAAGAUCUUUUGAGGAAUGUGAGGACUCAAGUGUUGCUCAAACUGAUCAAACCAUACACCCGAAUUCGGAUCCCUUUCAUAUCCAAGGAACUCAAUGUACCUGAAAAAGAUGUGGAGGAGCUGUUGGUGUCGCUAAUAUUGGACAAUCGUAUACAAGGGCACAUCGAUCAGGUCAACCGACUCCUUGAACGUGGUGACAGGUCAAAGGGAAUGAAGAAGUACACUGCAGUGGAUAAAUGGAACACCCAGCUCAGAUCCCUCUACCAGAGUGUUAGUAACAGAGUUUGUUAACUCUCGUAUCUGGAAAAUGGCAAUGGUAAAACAUAAGUUGCACUGGUUAUGUCUUCUUCCCCACCCCCAACCCCCCCACACCCCACCCCACCUUUUUUUGAACCCAGAGGAAUGCCUUUUUUUGCACUGAGCAUGUUUAUAUGGUAGAAAUUAGUUAUGCCUGAUUCAAUGGAAAAGUUGUGAGAUACCAAAAUUGGUUAUGUUUGGUUCAAAGAAAAAAGUGUUGAAAAUAUCAAAGUUGGCUGUGUGGUUCAACGGAAAACACAUUGCACUAUACAUAUUCGAUGAAACUUAGAUAUGCGAUGUUUUGAAAAUCG